UUCAUUUUCUCAGUCGUCUCAAAAUCCUCUCGAGCCUUCUGCGGAGAAAAAUUCAAGCCUCAGCUCGCGACUAUCCCCAGUUGCAGCAGGUGGUUUUUGCUGACAGAAGGUAACAUGGAUAGGGUUAGUCGAAACUCACCCUUGUUUAGGAGAUUAUUUCAUUCGUUAUCCCGCGAUGGUCCUUCUGAAACCUUGAAGAUAAAGAUUGCUGAAAUUCGGAAGGCCAGGAAAAAGAGUCCCAAGAAGGAUCAGUUAUUUGUGGAGGUUCCCGAUUCAAGAUCCUUUCUAGAUACUGCAACGCUGCCGAUGGUUCUUGCUGUAGCUGGAAUUGCACUGUUUGCGAAGCUGCUCAUGAUGCAUGAUGAAUCGAAGUCCCAGGAAAUGAUUGAGCGAAAAAUAAAGAAUGCUCCUCCUGGUCAAGGCACGGUCAAGAUGCUUACUCGUGAGGAGUGGGAAGAAAUUAGAGAAGUCAGACCAAGAACUCCUUUUGAAUCCAAGCUUGCUCGUCCAAAUGCAAAAAUAAGAACCGGAGAACCAUUGCAUAUGGAGGACUUGAAGAAUUGGACAAUUGAUGUUCUUACAGAUGCAGUAACGAGGGCUGAAAACUGUUCGAAACGUAAGUAGAACUGAAAUCAUGCUAGAAGACUUUGCCAUAUUUUUUCCCUCGAGUACAAAUGCAAUUCUUUGAUAGAAUUAAGAACCAUUAGUGAUUCUGAUGCCUAGUGUGAAUAACUAUGCAAACCUACCUAUGGGGAAAGGGUUCAAAUGGAUUUGCAUGGGAUUUAACUGUAUCCAAUGAUGAUUGGAUAUUUAGCAGAUUUACAGAGGCAUAUAAUGUAUAACA